UCUGCCUCCAGAGGAACAGAUGAUCUCUGCCUUGCCUGACAUCAAAGUGCUGACAAUAAAUGACGACCACGACUUCAUGGUCAUUGCCUGCGACGGGAUCUGGAAUGUGAUGAGCAGCCAGGAAGUGGUGGAUUUCAUCCAGUCCAAGAUCACCCAGAAGGACGAGAAUGGGCUCCUGAGGCCUCUCUCCUCCAUUGUAGAAGAGCUGCUGGAUCAGUGUUUGGCUCCGGACACCUCAGGGGAUGGCACUGGCUGCGAUAACAUGACCUGCAUCAUUAUCAGUUUCAAACCCCGUAAUACACACCCGCCCACCGAGAGUGGGAAGCGGAAACUGGAGGAAGCAGCGGCGCCGGCAGCACCAGCGGAAGAGAACGGUGGCGACAACACCAAGAAGGCCAAGCUGGAAUAGCAAACCUCGCACAGGGACUGUGCUGUGCGCCCACCAGACUCUCGUUUCUUAAACAUGCUGAACUCAAGACUCCCAAGUCUUGUCCUUUUUUUAGCCUUAGCAGAGGCCUUGUUUGUCCGUGUCCGGGGGGUGGGGGGUGGGUCUGGUUAGCCAGGGCAUGUCGCACCGUUCAUCUGUAACCAUUCCAAAGAGGGAGCCGAGGGCAGAGCUGCGCGGGAGCGCAGGACCCAUCACAGCAGAACCUGCGGUUAGAAGAAGGAUGUCCCCCCAUUGUCUCCAUGUGGUUGUUGCCAUUUCCGUGCCUGUGAAUUUCUGUUCGGAGGGAAGAACUUUUUCACCGUUAAGGUUUUUUUAAUCUGCACCCAAUUAUUUAAGGCCCUUUCUGUUUUCAUUUGUGAAACAAUCUGGCUGUGGUGCUGCUGCCACGCCUCAUUCUGUUGUACACUUUCAAUCAAUACUUUUUUCAAACUAAAAGUCCAGAAAA